AUGGUUGACGAACUACUACGAAAGUUUGCCCAAGAGAAUUUCGGCCAUGGAUAUUACACUGCCGUUCAUGGCGAAAUUGAGAAAGUACAACCCCUGGUACUGGCGAUAAAAAAGUAUCCUCCAAUAUGGAAGCGACCUUUUAAAACAUCUCAAAUCAUAGUCCUGGCGGGACUAGAAAAGUACUUAAAGAGUAAAGAGGAAGCUCUUGGGUUUCGUGAUUACUUAAAAUCUAAGAUCAAAGAAGAAACAUUUCAGUCCAAACAAAAAAUUGUCAAAGGAUCCAGGUAUGAGAGCGCUAUUAGCUUCUCUUUGUAAACUGGAAAUGUAUGCGAAUAGUGAAGAGAAAAAAGAAAAUUCUCAUAUUUAAAAAAAAAGGAAAGAGAAAACAAGAGCAGUAAAACAGAAACACGACUAUGUGUUCUAUGACAAAAGGAUUUGGAUGUGACUGUCUCCUUAGCUUUUUUCAAUAUAUAUUACUUAUGAAUAAUUCUCAAAUCAUAGCAAUCACGUUCCAGAAUUCCUGUUUUGCCUACAUCAUUAUUGUUGUUAUGGUUAUUGUUAUUGUUAUCAUUAUUAUUAUUCUCAUUAUUAUUAUGGUAAUUAUCAAAAUUACUAUUAACUUUCUUUUGUCAUUAUUAUUAAUAUUAUCUUUGUUAUUAUCAUCAUUGUUAUUAUCUUUUUUGUUUUGUGCAUUGCAGGACUAAGGAACUGGAUGCAACCUUCGUAGGACAUCUGGAGGGAACUAUACGGUUAAACGAUGAUCAAGGAGUUCUAGAGCUGGGUAACCUGAGUCAGAAAUAUAUUGACGAUCCAGAUCUCCGUGAAAUUCUGGCGAAAACGGCCUUAGAUGCCAAAAUAAUGCAUAGUUUUACGGAUGGCGAUAAACUUCUUCUUAUAACAGAGGUGAUUUACAGUGGGAAGUUCGAAAUGAAAAGAGAGAAACAAUGGAAGGUAUCAAUUAAUAAAGCUAUGAUGAAAUGA